CUCAUAUUAGGUUAGACACCAAAAGUGCAUCCGCCGUCACCACCAUAGACCACUCGACACCAGCCACCGCCGCCACCUCCACUGCCUCAACUGGUGCUACCACCUAUGGUUCUUUGUUCUAGCCGCUUCUUGUAGAACUGCUGGUCUACGAACCUUGGGAUCUCUCUCAACAUCUGGCAUAGACUUUGUAGUAUGGCGCCUUCCAAAGCACGCCAAAAGAGGUCACUUCCUCAGAUCACUACCAUCGCCGGCACUGGGCCCAUCGCAAACUCGCAACCCGCCAGCUCGACAUUGACGAAGGAAGUGGAUCAGCAGGAGGAGCAGUGUCUAAAGGAACCAAAGAUCCCUCCAUUACCGCCGAUCACGGUGAAUGUAGUCCCGCAACAAGGGUUGGGCUGUGAAGUGGUGGAAGGGCUACUCGUGCCUAGCCGAAAGCGAGAGUACAAGUCCAAUGGCAAGUAUACUGUGGGAAAUCACCCAAUCUAUGCCAUCGGGUUCAACUUCAUGGACGUGCGCUACUACGACGUCUUUGCCACUGCCAGCUCCAACAGUGUGACAGUUUACCGGUGCCUUGAGAAUGGUAGUUUUGGUCUUCUACAAGCUUAUGUUGAUGAGGAUAAGGAUGAGUCAUUCUAUACUCUAAGCUGGACCAUCAAUAAAGUUGAUCGCAAACCACUGUUGGUGGCUGCAGGAAACAAUCAGAUCAUUCGGAUCAUCAAUUGUGCAGGCGAGAAGUUAGCUAAGAGCUUAGUUGGCCAUGGUGGUUCAAUACACGAGAUAAGGACUCAUGCGUCGAAGCAUUCACUCAUCAUUUCUGCCAGCAAGGAUGAAUCUGUUAGGCUAUGGAACGUCCAUACAGGGGUCUGCAUCUUGAUCUUUGCAGGAGUUGGAGGCCAUCGCCAUGACGUGUUGAGUGUUGACUUCCACCCUACUGAUGUUGGGCUUUUUGCAAGUUGUGGCAUGGACAAUACUGUGAAAAUUUGGUCAAUGAAAGAAUUUUGGGUAUAUGUUGAAAAAUCAUAUUCAUGGACUGACAAUCCAUCAAAGUUUCCAACAAGACAUAUCCAGUUUCCGGUCUUGAGUGCUGCAGUACACUCUGAGUUUGUUGAUUGUACAAGAUGGCUUGGUGACUUAAUCCUGUCAAAGAGUGUCGAGAAUGAAAUUUUGCUUUGGGAACCAAAACCAGAUAAGAAUAAGCCUGGGGAGGGAAGCGUUGAUAUUCUUCAGAAGUACCCUGUGCCACAGUGUACAUUAUGGUGUAUGAAAUUUUCAUGUGACUUUCACUUCAACCAGUUGGCAGUAGGCAACAGUAAAGGUGAGAUCUAUGUUUGGGAAGUACAGUCCUGCCCGCCUGUCUUAAUUGAUCGGCUGUCUAAUAAGGAAUGCAAAUCACCAAUAAGGCAGACUGCAGUGUCCGUUGAUGGAAGUACUAUCCUUGGAGCUGGCGAUGAUGGCACCAUCUGGCGAUGGGAUGAAGUGAGUCCUUCGACCUCCAAAACUAAACCAAUUCAAGCUGCUGUGGCCACUGAUGCCAAUGCCUGAGGAUUAUUAUCGUUGGUUUACACUGUACUCCGUGUUGAUUAGCCUUAUCGUCGGAGAGUAAGAGUGGUUGGUUAACUGAACGUUAAAUGUUAGGAUGCUGGUUCUGUUAUACUCUGAAUGUCGUAACUUGUGUGAGAUGACGCUUGUUGUGUUAAACUGUGGAGUUGUGGACAAGAUAAAUAACUUGAUGUUCCUGUGACUUUGGAAUCCAUAUCGUCAACUCGUCAUCUGUU